AUGGGUCCUGACUUACACUGGAGGUAUCUCACAGAACACGAUCCAAAAUAUGAAGGGAAGAAGAAACUGAAGAUUUCAGGCAGAGAUCUGGCAUCAGUCCCUGCGCAGGUCUUUGGCCUGGACCAGCUGCAGGCCCUGGAGAUGAGCCCAGAACGAGAGAGCUGCCUGAGGUACCGCAUGGAGCUGCUGCCCCGCGAGAUCAGCCGGUUGAAGAACCUAACCCUCCUCUACAUGGACUCCAACAACCUGAAGAAAAUCCCUGCUGAAAUCGGCACCUUGAGGCACUUGGAGAGGCUGACGCUGAGUAACAAUCACCUGAGCUCCCUGCCCCCAGAGAUGGGGGCUCUGCAGCGGCUGCACAGCCUCCACCUGGCCAACAACAGCCUCACCCACCUACCCGCAGCCCUCUGCCAGUUGAGGAGCCUCACCUUCCUGGACCUGAGCGACAACAAAAUACGCAUCAUCCCCUCCAGCAUCCGGCAGCUGGAGAAGCUGGAAACAUUGCUGCUGCUCUUCAACUCACUGGAAAACCUGCCCGAGGAUGUCUGUCUUUUAAGGAAUCUACGCACGCUUUGGCUGGGAAACAACCGUCUGCAAUCCCUUCCACCACGAUUUGGGGAGCUGGUCAACCUGGACUGGGGAUACAACUACUGUUCCUGCAAUUUUGAAGGGAAUCCACUAGAAAGUCCUCCCCCUGAAGUCUGUAGCAGAGGUUCCAAGGGGAUCAGAGACUAUUUCUUGUCGUUUCAUAGAGUACUGGCAGAACAGACGACUGGGGUCAGCCCUUCAGCUGACUGA